AAGGGGCAAAAACAAGAAGACGAAUCAGAAAAAUGCAGAGAAUCAAGACAUCGCUCUCGUGUCUCUGUCUCAUCACGACGCUCCUCCUAAUCACCGCCGCAGAUUCCACGGAAGACACGGCGGUGCGGCUAAAAUUAGCGCACAGGGACACACUCUGGCCAAAUCCUCUCAGUCGCAUUGAGGACAUUAUCGGUGCCGACCAGAAGCGUCAUAGUUUGAUAUCUCGGAAACGUAAGUUCAAAGGAGGAGUGAAAAUGGAUUUGGGAUCAGGGAUUGAUUACGGAACGGCACAGUAUUUCACGGAGGUUAGAGUUGGAACUCCGGCGAAGAAGUUUAGAGUAGUGGUUGAUACAGGAAGCGAGCUUACUUGGGUGAAUUGUAGAUACCGUGGGAGAGGCAAAGGUAAAGUUGAGAAUCGGAGAGUGUUUAGAGCUGAAGAAUCUAAGAGUUUUAAAACUGUUGGAUGCUUUACUCAGACUUGUAAAGUUGAUUUGAUGAAUCUUUUCUCACUCUCUACUUGUCCUACUCCUUCCACUCCUUGCUCCUAUGAUUACAGAUAUGCGGAUGGGUCAGCAGCGCAAGGCGUAUUCGCAAAGGAGACUAUCACAGUUGGUCUCACUAAUGGUCGUAAGGCUAGACUCCGCGGUCUCCUCAUUGGUUGUAGUAGUUCGUUUAGUGGACAGAGCUUUCAAGGAGCCGAUGGGGUUCUUGGUUUAGCCUUUAGCGAUUUCUCUUUCACUUCCACAGCCACUAGUCUCUUUGGUGCCAAAUUUUCCUACUGCCUCGUUGAUCACCUCUCCAACAAAAACGUCUCCAACUAUCUCAUUUUCGGCUCUUCCUCCUCCUCCACCUCCACCAAAACCGCCCCGGGACGAACCACCCCGCUUGAUCUCACUCUCAUUCCACCCUUCUACGCAAUCAACGUCAUUGGAAUCUCUCUCGGAGACAACAUGCUCGAAAUCCCCACGCAAGUAUGGGACGCAACUACCGGUGGUGGGACUAUCUUGGACUCAGGAACUAGCCUCACGUUAUUGGCGGAAGCCGCGUACAAACCGGUGGUUACAGGGCUCGCACGUUACCUUGUUAAGUUGAAAAGAGUCAAACCAGAAGGAAUACCAAUUGAGUACUGUUUUAGUUCCACGUCCGGGUUCAACGAGAGUAAGUUACCGCAGCUGACGUUUCAUUUAAAAGGCGGUGCCCGAUUUGAGCCGCAUCGUAAAAGUUACCUAGUAGAUGCAGCGCCUGGAGUCAAGUGUUUAGGAUUUAUGUCGGCGGGAACGCCGGCGACUAAUGUGGUCGGGAAUAUAAUGCAGCAGAAUUAUUUGUGGGAGUUUGAUCUAAUGGCCUCAACUUUGUCUUUUGCUCCUUCUACUUGCACUUAGCUGUCUUGUCCAUCUCUCUUGUGUUUAUUAUUACUUUGAUUGAUUGGAAUAUAUAUAUUGUUUGUUA